AGUCAAAAGCAUUGAGUUUGCCUUGGAAUAACAUUACUUACGUCCGUCCAUACAUCGAUUUGGAACGGGAAGAUUUUUGCAGUGGUCAAACGACGAGAGAAGGUGUUUUUAUUUCGACCGGCUGUAGGACCAACCCCGCAGAGAGCCAGUAGACCCAAAUUCUAGAGCAGUGACAUUGUUUGGGUUGCCGAGAUGGACGUGGGGAACCUGGGCAUCUCUCGGUCCCAGGUGUUUCUCAACUACAGCCCGCGGGCCAUCCUGUCACAGUGGAGUCUCUCCCUGGGCACGUGGCGUGUGAUGGAGGCAGUGAGGGAGGGGCCUAAGAGCACCCUGAGCUCUGGUAAAGUUGUGGCUCUGGCAGCGGGGCUGUCUGUAGGAGCGACGGUGGGAUACAUAGUCUACCGACAAAUCAAAAGCACCAGCCCUCCGCUGGCUAACACCGAAGAGUCCAGGAUGUCAGUACCUCUGGAGGUUUACAGGAACAUUAACAAGUACCAAGCCUCCUUCCUGGACCUGGUGGUGCAGAAGUCCGGUGCCCGCGUGAGGGUGCUCUCUGAGUCUUCGCAGGCAGGGGAGGGGGAGCAAAGUUCCCAGAAUUCGGUGUGUUUCCUGCUGCAGGGCUCACCUCAGCAGGUGCUGCUAGCCAGGUGUGCCUUGGAGAACCUGGCCACAGACUGCGAGACCACCACUGAAGUCAUGGAGGUGCCCCAGACCGCCUUCGGACGCAUCAUAGGUCGUGGAGGGGAAUCUCUGAAGCUCAUCACCAGGACAACGGGAGCAAGAGUCCUAUGUCCCAGGGAGAGGGGGCGGGGUUUAGAGAAGGGCAAGGUGUCCGUCACAGGGACAAGACUGGAGGUCAGACAGGCCAAGGAGCUUAUCCUAGAGAAGGUAUUUGAGGAUGAGGCUGUAAGGAGGAGGAUUACCCAGUCCUCAGCACAGCGCCAGAAACGAAGACCCUUUGAGCCCCAGGGUCAAAGGUCAGAGGAACUGAAGCUGGAGGAGGCUCCACGAUCUCUCUGGAUGGAGGAAGGGGGGCUUGUCCAGGCUAACGGUGUCCAGACCGCAGUGGGAGCCAUUUCCCAGGCUAGAGGAGAGGCGGUACAGCUGGCUACAGAGGCACGAGAGGAGGAUGAUCUUCUGUCGCCUGACUCCCUAUCAGAUGUUUCUAAAUUUGAAAUCUCCAGUCCAGACCUGAGCUUCCAGCCAGAUGAACACCUGGAGGUGUAUGUGUCAGCGUCAGAGAACCCCCACCACUUCUGGAUCCAGAUCCUGGGGGUCCGCUCCCUCCAGCUAGACAAACUUACUGCUGAGAUGAGCCGCUUCUACAGCAACGGCACCCUGCAAGAGCAGCGAGUGGAGACCAUCGUGGUGGGGGACAUCGUGGCAGCUCCGUACCGGGACUACGGCACCUGGAACAGGGCGAGGGUCCUGGGGAUGAUGGGCUCUGGCCUGGUGGACCUCUACUAUGUUGACUUUGGUGACAAUGGAGAACUACCCAGGGAUAGUCUCCGGAGUAUGAGAAGUGACUUUCUCAGCCUACCAUUCCAGGCCAUCGAGUGCAGCUUAGCUGGAGUCGACCCGGCAGGUGAGGUGUGGAGCGACCAAGCCCUGGAUGACUUUGAGCGCCUGACGUAUGUUGCCGAAUGGAGACCCCUGCUUGCCAAACUUUGCAGCUACACCCAUUCUGAGGUCUCCUCUUGGCCAAGUGUACAACUCUACGACAACACAGAGGGCAAGGCUGUAGAUCUCGGAGAGGAGAUGGUGAGUCUAGGCCAUGCUGUGCCUAGCCAGGAUAAUGGGAACGGGGGUGGCGACAGGGACGACCCUGGAACACUACAGAGGAUGCUGGAUGAUGUGACUGGAGCCACGUCGGAGCUAAGCCUGUCCUGCAUCAGCUUAUCAGUUACAGGCCAUCAGAAUGAGGAGCUGGUGUUAGAGCUGGCCACACCGUCAUUCUCAGGCUCUCUGAGCCCUCUGGAGCUGCAGCGGGCUGACGUUGAUGACAGCCCCUCUGGGUAUGGCUUUGGGCUGACCCACUCCACCCCGGCCCAGCGAGCCCUGGUGGACCUGGUUUCCCACAUCCUGGAGUCCCCCAGCCCCUCUGAACACCCCCUCUCCCCAGACCACCAGGUCCCGGGCGAGCGCUGUCACACACUCAACCGAACCACCAACCUCUACAGCUCAGUGCCCCAGCUGCAACUCACACACACACUUCCUAUGUCCUCCUGUACCUCUUCAUCUACUUCCUCGUCGCCUCUGGAGGUCGUGACCUCUUUGUUGGGUUCGGUCAUGCUGAGUGACGACGUCUUCCUGGAGGGCUCCAGUUAUGACGGGUAUGAGGAAUGUGGCUUAACCUCGUCUUCCGGAGAAGUGGAGACAACUGGGGGAAACUCAACGUGGUGGUCGACUAGAGGUUACAGUCUGGAGGAGGAAGUGGACGAGGAGCAGAACAGUGAGGGGGCUAUCGGUUCCACUCCUACCUUCCCCACACAGAGGCACGCGUGGCUGGAAGAGGGCAGGCAUGGGGGUGGGGAAGAUGGCACUGAAAGUCCUAGUGUGGUUGUAGUUGGCAGUAGUAGUAGUUUCAGUAGCAGUGGGAGUGAUAUUAUCUAUAUGGGGUUAGUGGCGCCUGCUUGGGAGAAGGGUCAGGCUGUGUCCUGCCCUAAUGUUGAUGGUGGCAACCCACAGAGGAAGAGGAAAGCAAAAAGACUACCAUUCCACCUCUCUGAGGAGGCAAUGGACAUGAAUGCUCUGGAAAGCCAAGCUGGAAUGGAUGAGAAGACUGAGGAACAGAGAAACCGACUGGACGAACACGAGAUGGAGGAAGUGACGAGUCCACUUGGGAAGGAGGCAGGAUCUGAACACAGGAUCGAACCUUCAGCGGGAUUCCAUUCACCAGAGGAGGUUGGGACGGAGAGUGGAAGAUUGGGUAUUGCAGAGCGGCCAACGCAUCAGAGGAGUGGUCUGCAAACCUCAGAGCAAUUCAACGAGGAGCCCAACUGCACUGAAGCAAAUGACAGGAGAGCGAACUCUCAGGAAUUAUGACCUAUGAAGGAGUCUAUCCCAAACCGAGGUAAAGCUGAAUUUGAGGGACUCCACCUUUCACAACGAGGGUUGAUUUGUCACAUGGCUAUUGUGUGUCUUUGGGCCUGCAUCACUCCUCAAUCACCAAGGCACUUCCUGUCGUUCAUCAGGGAUCGCGUGGGACACUGUCUGGACAACUCACUGAGAUGUGGUGGUGAAUUAAUUUUGAGACCAGAAUGACGAUGCUUAUUUAUUUGUUAACCUAAUGCGUGUUUUUAUAUUUUUG